GCUUUGACUCUUGACAACGACCUGAAACAAGCAAUACAUUACCUCUGCUUCUCAGUGUGGGUUUAAGCGAGACUUGUCAGCUCAUGGUAUAAAAGGUGGACGUCCGCCAUACCUGUCCACCAGAGCACUUCGCCCUUGUCUCCAUUGCAGUAGCCCGUCCCCGUCUUCAAAUCCUAUUCUUCACCAACAUGCGUUUCGCUGUCCUCUUCGCCCUUCCGUUCCUCGUCGGUGCGGCUAAGGCUCUGACCAUCGAGCGCAGCGUGACGAUGUGCCCCGCCUCCUACACCGGAUAUGACUGCUACGGCUCCGAGAUCAUCUAUUGCAAAGAUGGCGAGAUCGACACCAGCGUUGCCGGAUCCUCUUGCAAUGCCGGCGACACUUGCUGGGCAUCCACAACCGACUUUGGUUGCACGGCCCCCAUGCAGCGCCGCCAGACGAAGUGCCCGGCCUCCUACACCGGAUACGACUGCUACGGCAUCGAGAUCGUCUACUGCAACGACGGCGAGGUGGAUCCCAGUGUAGCAGGAUCGUCUUGCGAUGCUGGCUACACCUGCUGGGCCUCUGCCACUGGCUUCGGAUGCAAGCCCCCCGCCAGCGCAUAGGCGUCUGGCCUGAC